AUGGUGAACGUCAAGAAGCGGAAAGGUCGCGUCGUUAUUGACUCGGACUCUGAAGACAGCGCCAGCGAUGACAAUUUAGAUCAGGAGCUGCUGUCAUUGGCUAAGAGAAAGCGGGUAGAUUCUGGUGAGCAGGAGGAACCGGUGAGCAAACCAGCAGCGUCCACCGAUUCCGAGACAUCAGACAGUGACGAUGAGUGGACAGUCGGGGGCACCAAAGGCAAAAAGAAGGUGAAACAAGGUAAAGGUCCCGAGAAGAAAAACGCCACCAAGAAGAAACUUCAUAAGUCGACAGCGUCUGGAAGCUCUGAUGGAGACAGCACGGGGGAGAGCUCCGCACCAGAAGAGGGCGAAGUGUCCGACUCGGAGAGCAACAGCUCCUCGUCCAGCUCGGACUCGGACUCAUCAGAGGACGACGUCUUCCGGGACGGUUACGACGACGACCUGAUGGGCGAUGCUGAGGAUCGAGCGCGGUUGGAACAGAUGACAGAGAAGGAACGUGAGCAGGAGCUUUUUAACAGGAUAGAGAAGCGAGAGGUGCUCAAAAGACGGUUUGAAAUCAAGAAGAAGCUGAAGACGGCGAAGAAGAAAGAGAAAGAGGAGAAGAAGAAGAAGCAAGAGGAAGAGCAAGAAAAACGCAAGUCAUCUCAGGUUCAAGAUACACAAGUGGUGAUGUCACAUAACAAGGAGCGUCGGUCCAAGCGUGAUGAGAAACUUGACAAAAAGUCUCAGGCCAUGGAAGAAUUAAAAGCUGAGCGAGAGAAGAAAAAGAACAAGACCGCAGAACUCUUGGCCAAACGCCAGCCCCUGAAGACCAGCGAGGUGUACUCCGACGACGAAGAAGAGGAAGAGGAGGAAGACGAUGACAAGUCGUCUGUCAAAAGCGACAGGAGUUCACGCUCGUCCUCGUUCGACGAUGACGACGAAAAAGAAGAAACGCCGCCUAAAUCACAACCCGUGUCGUUGCCCGAUGAGCUUAAUCGGAUCCGCCUGUCCAGACACAAGCUGGAGCGCUGGUGUCACAUGCCCUUCUUUGCCAAAACCGUCACCGGUUGCUUUGUCAGAAUCGGCAUCGGGAACAGCAGCAGUAAACCAGUCUACAGGGUUGCUGAAAUUACGGACGUGGUAGAGACGGCAAAGGUUUACCAACUGGGCACAACGCGGACGAACAAAGGACUACAAUUACGGCACGGCGGCGACAUGCGCGUCUUCAGGCUGGAGUUUGUCUCCAAUCAGGAGUUUACCGAGAACGAGUUCAUGAAGUGGAAAGAGGCGAUGAUUGUUGCUGGCAUGCAAGUGCCAACGUUGGACGAAAUCACCAAAAAGGAGCAGUCCAUCAAAGAAGCCAUGAAUUACAAGUUCAAUGACAAAGACAUAGAGGAUAUUGUCAAAGAGAAGGACAGAUUCCGGAAAGCACCACCAAACUAUGCCAUGAAGAAAACUCAGUUGCUUAAAGAUAAGGCCAUGGCUGAGGAGAGUGGCGAUGGCGACAAAGUAAAGGUCAUCCAGGACGAGUUGAAUGAGCUGGAGGAGCGAGCAGAGGCACUUGACAGGCAGAGAACCAAGAACAUCUCCGCCAUCAGCUACAUUAAUCAGAGGAACAGAAGCUGGAACAUCGUCGAAUCGGAAAAAGCUCUAGUGGCUGAAGGGCAAAAUGCCAAAAACCAACAAAUGGACCCGUUCACUCGGAGACAAUGCAAACCCACCAUGGUGUCCAAUGCAAGAGACCCGUCAGUGCACGCCGCCAUCCUUGCUCACCUGAAUCAGAAGUACGGUUCUGGAUCUACACCUGAUCCUUCCGUUCUUGAGAAGAACAAACAGGGUCCUACGGACAUAAAGGACAAAGAUGUAACUAAGCCAACCACUGACCUCUCUGAAGACUUAUUCAAAGUUCACGACUUUGAUGUAAAGAUUGACCUCCAAGUUCCUAAUGCAGAAGCACAGUCUCUGUCAGUGAGCUCCAUCUCACUCCCGGUGAGAGACGGCGCUCCCCGCCGAUCGCUCAACCUGGAGGACUACAAGAAGAGGAGGGGGCUUAUUUGA